GAGAAGAGAGACUGCUUUAAAGUAAACCCAAAGAGAGAAGCAACCAAAAAUUCCCCAACAGUCUCUGUAGGUCGCCGGAAAUGGCGACCGCGACCGCCGCCGCCGCCAAGCCGAAACGUCCGCCGCCGACCUCGGACCAAAUGAACGCCAAGGUCUUCCUCUACUCCGUCCUUCUCGCUCUCCAAUACGGAGCUCAGCCUCUCAUCUCCAAACGCUUCAUCAGAAGAGAAGUGAUCGUCACGUCAUCGGUGCUGACGUGUGAGGUGGCGAAGGUGAUAUGUGCCCUAGUUUUCAUGGCCAGAGACGGGAGCUUGAAGAAGGUUUACAAAGAGUGGACUUUGCUUGGUGCGUUGACUGCUUCUGGGCUUCCGGCUGCCAUUUAUGCUCUGCAGAAUAGCUUGCUUCAGAUUUCGUAUAAGAAUCUUGAUUCUUUGACGUUCUCAAUGCUUAAUCAGACUAAGAUAAUUUUUACUGCUAUGUGUACGUAUUUGAUAUUGAGGCAGAAGCAAUCGAUUCAGCAAGUCGGGGCGCUUUUCUUAUUGAUUAUUGCAGCUGUUCUUCUAAGUUUCGGGGAAGGGUCGAGUAAGAGGUCUAGUGGUGGCAAUUCGGAUCAGAUAUGGUUUAAUGGGAUUAUUCCGGUGUUGGUUGCGUCUGUGCUUUCGGGUUUGGCGUCCUCUCUGUGUCAGUGGGCUUCCCAGGUUAAGAAGCACUCGUCGUACUUGAUGACUGUAGAGAUGUCUAUUGUCGGAAGUUUGUGCAUGCUGGCUAGUACCGCUAAGUCUCCCGAUGGAGAAGCUAUCAGAAAGCAUGGACUUUUCUAUGGAUGGACUAUACUGACUUGGAUCCCAGUCAUGUCCAAUGCCUUGGGUGGAAUCCUUGUUGGCCUAGUCACAACCCAUGCUGGUGGGGUUAGAAAGGGGUUUGUUAUUGUUUCUGCACUUCUUGUUACGGCUUUGCUGCAGUUCAUUUUUGAAGGGAAACCACCUUCAUUGUAUUGUCUGGCAUCUCUUCCCCUCGUGGUUAGCAGCAUUUCGAUAUACCAGAAAUAUCCUUACCGAGUUAAAAAGAAAGAAUCGUAAAAUCCUAACCAUUGUGACAUUAGGGGCUUCUUAUUUUGGCCCUGAUCACAAAGAGUUGUCAUUAGUUGGACAUAUUGGAACUUGUAGCUGCCUAGAUGAUAGAGAGUUAUCAGAAAAUCCAAGACUUUAUGCUGUAGCUAAGGAAUUCAAUACCAAGUUGUAUGUAGGUGCCAAAAAACUUCUGAAUGAGGUUCUAGUUUGUUCAGAGAUCUCUUUGAUCUUUGUCAGAACCAUUAUAUGAAGGAAAUUGUAAUCUUCAAUUGUUGUAAGAGUGAACAAUCAGUACACGAGCUAUG